CAUAUGACAGCCAUGACAGCAGUGAUAUUGAAGAAAAAUACUUCUUAUCAAAAGAAUAAUUUAUACUUUUUACCAACUUAAAUCGUAGUAAUCAAUUAGAAGAAAUUACUGUGUUUUUAUUUUAAUAUAAGUGAAGCAAUUUGCUCGCCUUACGAAAUAAAUAUAGAAUUUCUAUUUUUUUAGAGGUUAUGUUGUCCUUUUUAAUCAAGUUUAAAAGUCAUUUAAAAAUCAAAUAAAAAUAAUAAAAAUUAAAAAAUUGACUUUUUUCUCUAUACUUGGCAAAUAAAUGUACUUUUUAUUCUCUAUUAAAUUACAUAAAUAUCAGUGCCACAAUAUGCUUCUAAACACAAAAUAUCGACUAAUAACAAAUAUAUUUUGUGUUCGAUUUGUAAAUAAAUUAAUCAAUUAAUUACUGUAAUUAGUAUAUAAUGGAUAAUCCAGCAGUUGAGGCAAAAGUGGUCCUCGAAGCAGAAACUGUAUUUCUUUUAAUGAAAAAGGGUUUUCCAAUAUCACGUAAUGUAAGAGCACAAUGGAAAAUUGAACAUUUAGAUUCAGUGGUAUCAAUUGAGGAACCUGUGAUUGAUAAUGAAGAAACACCAGAAUUGGAGAUUGUGUCGGUGCUUCCAAAGGAUAAACCCAUAUCCUGGAACUGUGAAAAUAAUCAUAAAUUUCUUUAUCGAAUAUCAUCAUCGACUUCGAUUAUAUUUCUUGCACAUAAAUACAAAAUGGUCUUCAGUCUCGAUCUUAGUCCAUCUCUUGCGACAAUAGGUAUACAAAAUGGUCAAGUGGUAAUCGACGAAGUUUGUCUAGCUACAAAAAGAUGUUUGGAAGGAAUUACCAGACCGUUUUUCGCUCCUGGGAGUACAAGACUGAUAAAACCAGAGAUUUACGUGACUGUGAUAGCACACACGCCAUUUUUUGCAAAUCCAGCGCAACAAGUUUUAGUUCAAGGCUGGUUAGUAACCAUGGAAAAUGUAGGAAGUCUUAUGAAUUUUAUAGAAAAACAAUUAAAUAUUCUUGAGGAAAAAGUCGCUCACGUCACGGGUGUUGUUAAUCAACAAUUAGAAAAUUUACGAGCUGAAAAUGAAAAAUUGGUGGGUGGACUUUUUGAGGAGGGUGGCACAAGUGUGGGUAAUAGUAACAGUAACAAUAUGUCAAUUAUGUCAAUGGCCUCACCUGAAACUAGUUUUGUUAAUAUGCUUCGAUAUGGAAUGCUCGCUCUUUCUCUUCUUCCCGAUUACAGUUGUGCUCAUUUAGUUAUUGUGACUGAUGGAAUAGUGGGAAUAACAGAUGCCAAUGUGAUGGAUUCUGUAAUACAACAAUUGAGAGCAACAACAGUUGCCUGUAGUUUUUUACACGUGGGAAGCUCAUAUCAUCCUCAUUGUGCAAAUGGUUUAGUUCCUUAUGAAGAUAUACUCAUUUUUCUCGCUACCGCAACACUUGGAACUUAUUUUUCCUUCAUUCCCCAAAAGAUACCAGUUGAGGAGACCGAUUUAAAUAUUUAUCAUCGUAAAUUUCUUUGUUGGCAAUUGUAUCGAGCAAUUUGUUGUGAGAGAAAUUCAACCGAUUGGCAUAUGAAAAAAUGUCUUAUUCAUGGCGAUGAUUUUCCACAAUUGUUGAGAAAAAAACAAAUUGACGAGAAAGUGAAAUGUACAUUGAGUAGUUUAUUGUGUUGUCGUUUACGUGAGGGUUAUUUAAUUAAAAAAAUGAAUUUACGUGAGGAACAUCUUGAAAUUUGUUUUGUAUUACCAUGGAGAACUGAUGUUUUUUUAGAAUUUUACAUAUCUUGUCCAUGGCAAAAAAGAUCAAUGGCAAUUUGCAACACAAUUACUUAUACAAUAACUUUAGAAGCGACAUAUGAAUUUUUACACGACAUUACAUGUUUAUCGAAAAAACCCUUAAAAUCUCAAUAUCGACAAAAAGUUGUUUCACGAUUUUGGGCUGCUUUAACAUCACUUACAGAAAGUGAUAAUAUGCUCUCACACUUUAGCUGGUCUCCGGGAAUUGGAUGGACAUGGUACAACGUUCCUGAUACAAUUAAAAGUGGCAUGCCUGUUUUUUAUUUACCCACUUAUUCUUCGGUCAGCACGAUUCAAAUUAGCGAAGCAGCGUGUCCGCAAUUUGGACAAAUUUGGCAACCGGUUGUAACAUUGGAACCACAUCAAUGGGCACGAUGGAUGCAUUGUCAACGUAUAAGAUUAAUUUUAUGUCACGAUAAACCAUUACCAAAACAUCUUCAUCAGGCAAAUCAAAGUGGACGUUUUCAAUCAGUACAAUAUCGUCAAGCAUUGGCAGCUCUCUAUGGAAUGUUAAAAAAUUGGGCAAGUUUUGUUCUUGUCGAUAAUCAUACAUAUGUGCAAUUUAUUUAUCGUGAAUUGGAUAAACCACCAGUGUCAUUUUCAAUAAUUAAUGUUAAUUGUCGUGCUCUUUGUGUUGUAUUGAAUAUUGCAUUUGCCGGCGGUACUGAAGGUGUUGUACGUCAUAAUGUUGUCACUGAUUUAUUGGAACGACUUGCAAAAUUAACACUUCCCAGUCGACCAACUGAUCUUAAGGAAAUUUCAUGUUGUACAAUUAUUCAUAAAUCAUUGGAGAAAAUUUUAAUACGCUACGAACGUAUGCCAAGUGAUUUAAAUAGCGUGAAAUAUUUUGAUGGUACACAAUUUUUACCACGUAAUUCAUUAAUAGCAAGUGGAAUUUUAACAAGUACAUUGUCAACAUAUUUAUAUCAUGGUCGUUGGUUGUGGUUUAUUAAAAAACCAUUUGUACAAUCAAUACCGAUUAUUAAUCUACCGAAAUUGAAUAUUUCUGCGAUUGCCCGAAUUCUCUCGACUAUCACCAAAAUUCGUCUCUCGGAAGGAUUUAAUUUUGCACAUUCCUCAGCGGGAAUUAUUAAUAUGGUGCGUGAAGUACAAAUGAAAGGACCUGAAAAUGAUGCAUCUCUUUAUCCUUGUACUAUUCAAUAUAUUUUAUUUCCUCCACAUGUGCUUGUUAAUCCCACAACAGAAAGAGACAGUGGUUCUGAUGAUACAGACGAUGGCGAUGGAGAAAUUGGAAACGAGGAUUGCGAGAAUAUUGGAGAUUUUCAAAUUAUCACAGAAAUUUGGGUCGAACCACAAUGCGGUAAUGUUCAAAUUCCGUCUCAACAUAAAGCGGAGUACAUGCAUUGUUUACAGUAUCAUCAAUUACCAGAUGCUAUUGCUUACAUCGAUGAGGAAUGUAUUAAUGCAUUAUUAACCCUCGAACACUUGAGUCUCUUGAGUCAAGUGGCAUCUUCAGAGAAAAAUUUAGAUGUUAUCGCUGUUCAAGGUUAUUUAAAUCAAGGAUUAAUCACAAGAUCAAUUAAAAAGCCUAUUUUGUCGGAUUUUCCAGAAGGUCAUCCCACCAAUCAAGAACAAAUUCAUUCUGUGAAUUUUCUUUUCGAUACACUUAAUAUUUUGCCAAAAUGUCAGCAAGCUGAACUUUUGUUCUCCAUGUUUGAUGACGGUAUACACAACGACGAUGUGGGAGACGAUAAUGCGAAUCGAAUACUCAUUGAGGGAUUUUUGGAUAAUAUCAAACAUCUUCACAAUAGGGAAUUAAUUCUCACGGCGACAGAAUCUCAAAAAUUUACAGAAAUGUUAUUCAAUCGUCCUCGAGAUGAAGAAUCUCAUAUUCCGUAUUUUCAUUUAAAUCGAAUUAGAAAUAAAACAUCAUUUCCACAAUGGAGAUGUUUUGUGAAAGGUGUAAGUGUCACUCAUGUGAUAAUAACAAUUUUACCAGCAACAGAAAAAGAUGUUCGAUUAUUGAUGUAUCCCGAAGAAGAUGUACAAGAUUCUUAUUUGGGAACUGAUUCAAAUUUACAUUAUGAAUCAUUGAGUUCAAAUUUUGAUCUUCGUGAUACAAAUUUAACGCCAGUGCCUUAUGCAAGAAGUCACAAUGACAAUGAAAGUUUAUCUCCAUUUCAUAAUUUCGAUGAUUUCAAUUCAAAUGUUUCGAGUCAUACAAACACUGCUCAUAGUACACCAAAAAUGGAAGCUUUUCAAAAAUUAACCGAAGAAAAUACAAAACGUGGAUUAAUUCUUCCUAUUUAUGUUUAUGAUUGCUCAUUGGCUUUAUUAAUUGAUGCUUUAGUUGAUAAAUUAACAUCACCACGUGCCAAAGAUAUUUAUCGUGAUUAUACAUUUCGAAUUGGUGAACAUUUUCAGGAGGAAUUUAUUAAUUUGAAAUCUGGUGGUGAUACAAAACCAUCGUCACCAGAACCGAAGAGCGAAGAUUCUGAUAAUGUUUUAAAUGAUCAAAAAAGUUUGAUGGAACAUUGCAAAAUUUUGAGCCUUGCUCAUUGUCGUUGUUAUGUUAUGGCCGUUUACAAAUCAUUGAUUCUUCAACGUCCUUUAAAUUACGAGGAUAUGGAAGCGGCUGUUGAGCAAUGUGAAGAAAAUUAUAUGGAAAUUAAUAUUACCGAUUAUUUGCGUUCAGUUUGUAAACAUCUGAGUACAUCAUCAGAAAAUAAUCCAAAUACAUAUACGGAAAAAAUUGCCUGCAAUGAAAUUCAACCUUUUCAUAAUUUAAUUAAAAAUAAAUUCGAAAGAAUAAUAAAUGUCUCCUUUAGACCUGUGCCAGCUCAUCCAAAAUUAUACUAUUGUCUUCCAUCCUGGCAACCGGAAAGAAUGAAACUUGCAGAUUUACAAAAUACGGACAGUGAUGAUGAAUUGGAGGAAUUUACAUUUCAUUCAGAGGCAUUGGAUUGUAAAAUGAAUAGUUGUACUGGAAAAGUGAAUGCAAAUAGCAUCAGUUGGCCAGUAGUGAAUAAUCAUAAUGAGGCAAAAUUUUCCAGCAGUGAAUCAACGGAAUCAUUUAUCAGUGAUCUUAAUAUUGAUUCGGAUUCAAGUAAAGAUCAUCCAUUAUUUUUGCAAUUAAAUUGCUCGGUUAGAAAUCGUUCGAGUUUAUCGAGUACACCAGUGAAACUUUUACCAACAUGCGUUACAGAAAUAAUGCAAGAUUUCGAAAAUUAUGAAGACUAUAAAGUGACACUCGAUAUAAUUUGUCUUUAUCUUCCCAAGGAAGUAUUGGAAGUGAGUAUUGAUUGUAUUCCCGGUUUGCGUACAACAUCAUUUUGUAGUGCAUCACCGCAUGGAAGUCUUGGUACCGAGCACAGUAAUAGCAUUGAUAAUGGUACCGAUUUUUCCGAUGUUGAAGCAGUUCAAGCCGGUUUAUCACAUCUACCACAUUAUCAAUAUACAGCAAUUACUAAUUUAAAAGAAGAAAUCGAUUGGCUUCUUCAGGAUGAGACGGCAACGGCACUUUUAGAUAAAUCAUCACCAACUGAGGAUUCAUUGAAUUUUGUUGCACGUCAUGUUGCCGAAUCAAAUGAUCGAACCAGUUGUUAUACUGAAAAAGUUCUUUUACAUUUUGUCUUUCCAUCGGAGAAUAGUGUGCCAAAAUUUCUUGAUGAAUUAACGAAACUCGAGAUUAAUCGCUAUUGUAUACGACAAGAGGGUAAUUAUUUUUAUUUUAUCAAAAAUCUCGAGCAACAAAUUUAUAAUCCCGAUUUAAGUGAACAACAAAGUGAAGAAUCGGUUGAGCAAAAUUGUUUAGAUGAUGAAAUGUAUCCGGAUCUUCUUGAGAGACAAGAAGCUGAUAGAAGAACAAAAAAACAAGAUUCUGGUGAUCCACCUGGUUAUCUAUCGGAAAUUUCAAGUAUUGGCGAAGGACAAAUUGGAACUGAUGAUGGAUACGAUGGUGAUAGUAGUGAUUCAGAGGAUGAAUGUCAAUGGUUAAUUGAAAUGGAUCGACGACGUAAACUUUUGCCUAAUUUUUGGCUUAUUUUACGUGUUGAGACAACGCACGUGAAUGUUUAUUUUCAUUGUCGUUUUUUGGAAUUAGCAUCAACUGAAGUGGCGCACUAUCAACAAAUACAAAAAUUACUCGUCGCACAAAUUAAAGCAAUUUGUCGUCGUGUUAAUCAAUAUCUUUUGCUACAUCGUUUAAAUGAUACGCGACUCUGUGAUCCACUACUUGAGCCCGAAUCAAGUGAGGAUCAUAAUUGGAAAGCCGAUUCUUUUAGCGAGGGAAGUGGUGCAAUUAGUCAUAGUAAUACGGGAAUAAAUCUAACACCAGGAAUGUUUCGUUGUCCUGUCGUUUGGGAAAUGCCAUUUUGUCUUCAUCCAAGAUUAAAAACAGGUCCAGGACGUUCGGGUUUAUCGAGAGGAAUUAAAGCCCUUCAUGCUGUACUAAAUCGUCUCUCAGUGAAUAAUCGCAGUAAUAUGUUUGUCUAUCGUGAAAAAACUGAUAAUGUUUUUUAUCUUCGUCUACACGAGCAAACAAGCGAUGGGAAAUCAUUGCAAAAUAAAUUGUCAGAAAGUGAUGAGAGGCUUGUUGUUUCACGUAGCAGUAGUAUUGCAUCAUUAUCACAAGCGAGGGGAACGAGUCUCUUGAAUGAACAAACAAUUAUCGAUGAUACAAGACCCAGGGUACGAUCAUUUGGCGAAAAAGAAUCGGAUAUUUUAAAUAAAACAGGCGAUUCUAUUGUAUUGAUGGUACAUGGAAUUUCUGAAGCUGGUCCUGAAAUAAGAUGUGAAUUAGUUCAGGUAUUACAAAAUCGUUUGGAUGAUGCUGUACUUGAAGUUCUCUCAGUGAUGCUUGCAAGAAAUCCAAUGUGUAAAUUAACACCAGCCGAUGUUCAUUUUAUACAAAAACCUUAUCGAUCACCUGAGAGUAUUGUGAGACUUAGUUUUCCACCUCAUUGUUUGACUCAUAUGUGCGCUUUGGGAUAUUAUCUACGACAAAAUGUUUUACAAUUUCUCUAUAUACCAAAACACACGGAUCCAAGAGCACAUUAUCAUUUUCAAGAUUAUUCACAACCGGAAAAUUCUUUAAAACGAAUACCAGAAUCGGAAAUUUUUCUCUACAAUCAAAGUCAAUCGAGUGGAAGUCGUGGAAUUGCGUGUAUCGCGAUGGGAAUUGUGAAUACAAAAGGAGAAUUAAUAAUAACAGAAAAUAAUUCAUCAAAAGUAUCACCAUUGCCCGAAUGUCCAAAAGUUGAAGAUUUCGAAAGUAUCGUUUCAACUUCACUGUUCGAUAUGAAAGUAGAAUUAGAAAACAACGACAAUAAAGCGUUGAUUGAAUUUCGUAUUUGGAAGCAAGGACGAGUUAAUCUUGAAUCUCUUGUUCAAAAAUUAAAAUCUGCCGUUAGACACGCUAUUUGGGAUUUAGUGACGGAAUAUCAUUUUCUACCGACACUUCUCACUGUUCCUUUAAAAGAUCAAAUUCAAAAUUCCAAUAACAGUUUGAAUCGAAUCGCUAACGAUGAAAUUAUCCAAACGUCUGACAUUGAUCAAUCAGAAAGAAAAUCUGAUGACAUUGAAAUAAAACCACUAUUUGAAAUUGAAAUAAAUCCAACGUCUAAAGGUGAAAUAAAUCAAGCACAAAUUAAUGAAACCUUAAUUGAUAUUGAAGAAACUCAAAUUUUCUCCGAUGAAAAAUGUGAAAUUACAAAUAGUUUAGAUAUGAAAAAUUAUGAAUUGGGUGAAGAGGGGAAAUUGCAUAAAAUGUAUUAUGGAACAUUACCAUUUUGGUUUCAAUUUGCUUUGGAGAUAAAUGUACCGUCUGUUAAAAAACACAUUGUCACAUUGGACAGAAGACAUUCACUGGCAGUUGUAUUACGUGAACUUCAAAAUAUUAUUCAUAAUAAUGCAACGGACACAUUGACAAGAACUUUUGUUCAAAAUAGUCGUCAACCAUUUAUCAACGAUGACAUGGAAGAGGAUCCAUUGGCAUUUAAAAUUCUUGAAAGUGUUGAUAAUGUUAAUAGUUCUUGGCUAAAGAAAGCACAGGAAAAGGAGAAUAAUGACGAAUGUCUUUAUCUUCCCUGUGAUUUUUUUAAAGAUGAACAAGGAAUUUAUGUUAAAAGUAUUUUAGUCGCAAGAAAUUUUCAACAAUGGAAAGCAUCUUACGCGCAGACAAUUGAACCCGAAAAACUUGUGCCUAAAGAUCAAAAAUUACUCCAAAGAUUCUAUCCACUAAUUUUUGAAGCUGAUUUUGUACCUAGACAACGAUUAUUAUUGGCUAAAAUUCAAAGUAAAAAUAUCAUCAUUUACAUGUACAAUUGGUCAAAGGAGAGAUCGGAAAAAUUGAUAAAACAGACGACUAAUUUGGGAAUGUGGCUCUCAUCAAGAUCGACUCUCUAUUCGAAUAUUAUUAUGCAAAAAUUGGGAAUUUUUCAUCAUCAGCCAAUGCGAACUUACGAGCAAAGGGAGCAAAAUGAAACGGCUCAAUUUCAAAUAACAGAUUUAGAAAGUCUUGCAAAAUUUCCACAAGCAUCGCCUGCUAGAAUGCAAACUGGAAAAAAUACCUCAUUUUCCUGGAGUCAUUUAAUGGGACAAGUAAUGAGAGACGCGAAACCAAAUGCUCAAAAUUCACCAACAACAACCGAUCCAGUGGUAAAAGCGGCUAACGAUUUUCAAGAACUUCGACAGCGAGAGAAAAAGCGAAAAGAGGAUCUAAACAAAUUGUAUUCGAUAUGGCAGAGCAAAAAUACAGUUCCAAAUAUUCCAAUUUCUACAGUGAUACUCAAUACAUUUAAACAACAUUCGAGAGUAAUUCACUAUUGUCACACGCCUUUAUUAUUUCUUCCCGAUUGGCGUUUACAAUCAGCUGCCACGAGGGAUCAUUCUCUAACUCCAACGUCUUCAUGUAUUUCUGAGAGUGCCGCCGCUCAACUAAACACGACAUCUCGAAAAAUGAAAGAUACCGAUCAAUCCAAUCCAAUAAUGAAUGAAUGGCAUCGAGAAUUAUGUUUCCACAUGCUUUCUGAAUAUAAACAAUAUUUACAAAUUCUUGGCUUCAAUCCAGUUCAAACUGAAACUAUUCAUCGAUCGGAACGAGAAAAUGGUCAGAAUCAAAUUUUUUAUUUAAAAAAAUCAAUGCUCGGCGGUGUUCUUUUAUUUGAAAUUUACUUAUCCGAACCAUUUUUCACGGUUAAAUUGCGAGUUAUUGAAUGCAGUCGAUUGCAAGACAAAACAAACAGUGCUCUAGUCAAUCAGUUUAUACUAAGUUUUAUCGACGCCUGUGAUGAAAUUAAAAUUAAUAUGCACUUACAUUCAUUUACCUACGAUUUUCAUCUUCGAUCGAUUCAUUCAUAUCUCGCUGGAAUUGGUCACAGACCACUUAAAUAUGGAUAUCAUCUUACAAAUUUUUUGGACGAUUUCAACAAAUACUACAGCAAAGCUCCAAAUUAUGCCAGAAAUUUAGUAUACAGUGGAGUUAUAACAAUAAAUAAUUUAGCAACACCAGCACGAACAUUGUACUCCUAUUUGUUAUCACACGAAAAAUCGUAUGGAAUGCAAGUAUUCAGUAUGACUGAUGAUUCUGAUGAAGAACAAGACAGUGAAUAUGUUCUUGUUAAAUUACAAAGUACACCUCUAAUUGGUUAUUGUGAUUCACAGGACACAAAAUUCACUGAUGAUUCGGACGUUGCUCUCAUUGUUUCACGUCUUGAUGAAAAUUCCGAUUUCAGUAGUAAUGAAAUUACACUAAAAUAUUAUCUCAUGCUGACAAGUAAACGUGAACUUUAUCCAAAACGUGAUUUAGAAAAUAAUAAACUCGGCAAAUUUCGAACAGUCUACAGUGUUGGUAAAUCGGUGACAAAUUCACAAAUUGAAAGCCCCUCAGAAUCGAGUCCAGCAUCAAGUACAAUGCCCUCGUCAAGAAAACAUUCCAAAUGUGAAUUUAAAUCAAGCUCCAAUGAUCUUCAAGAACAAAUUGUCAAUAUUUCGGAUACCGAAGGAAAAAAUGAGGAAAAUGAUAAUAAUUUAGUUGCUGAUGAUGAUAAUGAUGAUGAUAAUAAUAAUGAUGAUGUUCAAGCACCAACGCCACCGCCAGUUCCAUCAUCACCACUAACUCAAAGUAUCUUAGGUGCAUCAUCAUCGAAUUUAGUUCUAAUUCGUCGUGAAUCAAUUAAUUAUUUUGGUUAUUAUUCAUCGCAUGAACAAAUGAUGCAGCAAAUGAUAAUGUCACAAGCACAAACGGCAAGGAAACAUAUAACAUCAAUGAUUGAACAGGGUGCAUUACAUUGUCGAACACAUUUAUUGUGGAAUAAAUUAUUAGAAAAUCGAACAAGUAUGUCUUAUGGUGAAUUUAUGGAAUUACGUUCACUUGCAAUUGUGGAACCACUAUCACAAUUGGAUUCAAGGCUGAGUCCACUUGUCAAUCAACCAAUGGCAUGGUAUCAAAAUUUAUCAAAAGUCUUGCAAAAUAAAUAUCAGGAUCAUCAUAAACAAUUUAAUACACCCGAUGGAAAUGUCACGCACCAUCUUAUUCUUCAUCCAAGCUAUGUUCAGGCAUUUAUGAUGUUGACAAUUGAUCUUCAUACAUCUCGAGGGGAACUUUGCGCCGUCUAUCGUAAUUCAAUCGAGAAUACAAGUUCUUCUAAUGUUAGUGGUAUUUACAAUUUGGUUGAAGGAUUUGUAAACGCCUGCUGCUUUCAUUUAUGGAUGGGAUUGUAUAAUUAAGGGUCUAUAAAAAAAUUAUGUUAAAUUUAACCCUUCCAAAAAAAGAAAUAAGAUCGAAAACGAUGGUACCUGAAUUAAAAAAAAUGCUUGCAAGAAUUAGACACAGAACUAUAUCUAUUUUAUAGAUGUGAUCUUAAUUUUAUAUUCUUAAUUUAAAAAUGCAACUGUAAAUCGAUACACAGUUUAGAAUUGUAAUUAAUUUUUGUACAAAGGUAAACUUGUUUUUUUUUUUUUUUUUUUUUUGAAAAGUAAUUUACUAGAAAAAUUACUUUUUUCGAAAAAUAAAUUCCAUAUAUAUAUAUAUAUAAAAUAUUGUUUCUUUGAAAAAAUUUUUUUUUCUUUUUUCAAAUGAAAACAAUCAAAUUAUAGAUAAAUGAAAAAAAAAACCAAUAUAUAAAAUAUAAGAAAAAUGUAAUAAAUAAUCGAGAAAAAAAGGUCUUUUUCUUGCAAGACACUUUUGUCUAUUACAAAUAUAGGUAAUAAUAAUUUGUAAAAUAAAAUGUCAAAAAUAAUGUGAUCGACACGUGAAUUAUUGUUUUAUAUAUAAAUAUAUACACAUAUAUGUAUAUAAUAUACGGAUGUUUUCUGUAAAUAAAAAAUAUAUUUUUUUUUCUUGUUAAAUCAAUCAUUUUAUUCCAAAUAUUCACGCGUGCAAAAUAGUCAACUAUUUAAUAUAUAUACAAUUACAAAAACAAAAAAUUAAAUUACUAAACACCGAAUUCAUAAUAUAUAACCAAGACAAACGGAUUUUUUUUUCUUCCUUUUUUUAAGCACAUAAAUCUAAAAACUAGGAAAAAACGUAAAUAACUUUUUUUUGUCCCUAAUGUAACGUAAAUAAUAUAAUAUAUAUAGUAAACGUGACAAAAAUAACAGAAAAGCUAAUGCAAUGAAAGGCACGUGUGUAAUAAAUGGACGCACUAAAAAUUUUUUUUUUUUUUAUAAGAAAUACAACAUUUAGUUUUAUUUGAGCGACUCCUAAGCAAUAAUUCCCUAACAAUUUAGAAAGGAGCCUGAUAUAGUAUGUAAUGCCAUUUAAUGCAUGUGCACUGUAUUUGUUGUUAUUGUUGUUGUUGUUGUUGUGUUUAUAUAAUUGUCCUUUUUUAACUGUAAACUUUAUUUCGUUAGAUUUCAAGAAAAAAAUUACAAUUCUUUUUUUUUUUUUUGUAACAUCACAUUUUGAAUUAUUAAUAUUAAAAUGAUAUCAAGUUAAGAUUAACCCUAUUAAUUAAAAAUUAGUUAGAAUUAUUAAUACUAAUAGUGUACAAUCAUACAUUACUCUUCAAGAGAAAGAGAAAGAGAGAGAGAGAGGGGGGGGAGGUUUACAAAACAAAUUAACUUUUUUUAAAAAAAUUGCUUUUCUUUUUAGACAUUAGGCAUAUAUUGUUUAUUAUUUUUUUUUAUACCUACAUCCUCCCCACACUCUUUUUCACACAACAUAUUCAUUCAGACUCCUCACAAACAAAAUUCUCUGCACAGAGCAUUGGAACACUUUCAUCAUUAUCAUCAAAAACUGUUAUCUCACGUAUAAUCAGUAUAUUUCUAAGCAAAUCGCAUUACGACGUAUCACCGAUCGACUUAAAAGUGCAGUAUAUUACAACUUUCGCCCUAUUUACCCCUUAAAUCAUUCUAAGAUGCCUAUCUAUUUUUAUUAUUACAUAUGAAACUUGUCAUUAUUUAUUAUUUUUUUUGUUUUGUUUCCUUACAAAUUACUGUACUUUUUUUUAUUGAUUUUCUCCUCUUCCGCGUUGUUGGGAAUUAUCGUUAAGCUCAUCUCUCUUUCAAGAUCUUUUUUUUUUUUCAACAAAAUAAA